AGUAUGCCACAGUACAAGUUAACAUACUUCAAUCUGCGAGGACGAGCAGAAAUCAGCCGCUACCUCUUUGCCUAUUCAGGCAAGAAGUAUGAAGAUCACAGGAUAGAAGCAGCAGACUGGCCCAAAAUCAAACCAACUAUCCCAUUUGGCAAAGUCCCCAUUCUGGAAGUAGAUGGAGUCAUCAUUCACCAGAGCCUGGCAAUAGCAAGAUACCUUGCCAGAGAAUCAGGUCUGGCAGGUCAGACGCCUGUGGAACAGGCACUAGCUGAUGCCAUUGUGGACACUAUAGAUGAUUUCAUGACGCUGUUCCCUUGGGCAGAGAAAAACCAGGACGUGAGAAAAAAAGCAUUCGAUGAUAUCCUCACCAACCAAGCACCUGAGUUACUGAAAGAUUUGGAUACUUUCUUGGGAGACAAAAAAUGGCUGGUGGGGAAUUCUGUAACAUGGGCUGACUUCUACUGGGAAGUGUGCAGUACGACACUUCUGUCCUGUAAACCUGACCUGGCAGACACCUACCCCAGGCUUGUGGCUCUCAGAGACAGAGUGCAAGCACUUCCAGCUAUCGCAGCCUGGAUCCAGAAAAGACCAAAGACAAUAAUGUAGAGCAGCUGUUCAGACUGGAAAAAACAAAUGCAUGUUUAGUUUUCAACAUGGCAAGCAUCCUAAGUUAUUAAUUUCAGAAUCAUUUAAAUUAAUUUCAGAUGGGUAUGCUGUACCAAAUCAAAAUCUACCACUUGUGUC